AUGUGGAGAAACGCGGCCAGGCAAAUUGGAAUUAUCAAAAACCAUCCUUUUCAUCCAUGCUUUCAGAUUAAAGCUGAUCAGCAAGCCAAGGGAGUCGUUUUCUUCAUGCACGGCCUUGGCGACUCUGGAAUGGGCUGGGCAGAUGCCUUCGCCAAUUAUUGCGCCGAUCCAAAUGUCAGAUACAUUUUCCCUUCAGCUCAAGAAAUGCCGGUUACGCUGAAUAUGGGAAUGCGAAUGCCAAGUUGGUUCGACAUCAAAGAACUUUCUGCUUCCGCGAGUGAUCGUUACGAUUUAGAUCAGUUGAAUAGAACGUCAGAAGAAUUGGUGAAGAUUGUCGACGAUGUUUUGGAAGAAGAAGGUCUUGGGCGAGAAAAUUUAGUUAUCGGUGGUUUCUCACAAGGUGGUGCUCUUGCUCUGAAUAUUGCGCUAAAUCAUUAUGAUAAUGUGGCUGGAAUUCUAGCGAUGUCGACGUUCCUCCCUAUCGAAGAGAGUCACGAAAUGCUCCAGAAGUUCCUGAACAAAGAAAAAUCCCUCCCCGGUCCAAUCUCCCAGCAUCACGGAACUGCCGAUGGCGUCCUUCCUUUUUACUUCGCCCAGCAGUCGGCCGAGUUCUUCAAGAAAGUCGCUGAGAAAGAAGAAGACUUUCAGUUUUUCUCCUACGAAGGAAUGGAACACUCAAGCUGCUUAGAAGAGCUGCAGAAUGUUAAUGAUUUUGUCAAAAAAGUUCUCAAACUGUGA